GGUUUCGCAACAACAAACAUGUUCACUGAGGUCGAGCAGCAGUGGUGCUAGAAGAGCACAAAAUAUAUAUUAUUUAGAAGUCCCCUCCUAGAAUUUAUAAAUGAAAGAUCCUCUCCGUAUAUCAACCUUCCAGGAUAACUGAACCAUCUUUCUACGUUGACAUUGAGUGGUACAGGGUGGUACUUGCACUGAUGCUUGACUUUUGACAGACGUCAGUAGAUUCCUCCCCCAGUCCAGAUCUCUGGUUGGUGCUUCUCUAACAUCGGCAGCAGCCACUCUCAGAGCCCAGUGCCCCAAACUAUGGUGCGUCACAGUAAACUGCAGAAGCAGGUGUUGUCUCUAUAUCGACAGUUCCUCCGAGCUGGCCAGGACAAGCCAGGCUUCUUACCCAGAAUACGGGAUGAAUUUCGAGAAAACUCCCGCCUCAAAAAGACUGAUGUCAUGCACAUAGAAUACCUUUACAGGCGUGGGGAACGGCAGCUGGAACAACUGAAAGAUGUGAAUACAAAGCAGCUAGGAACUUUCUCUAAAUCAAGAGAGACCUGACCAAUAUAUUUAUUUUACUGUAUCAUACCUCUAUAUUGUUUGUAAGCAAUUGUCAGUGCUGUAUAAAAUAAUGAUGACUUGUGAAGAGUAUUCAGCUUUGGGAUAGAGCAUAUUGGAUGCUCUUAUCGUUCAGAUACACUUUGUCAAACUUCAAUUGCAUUUAUUUUCAGAAUAAACAUGAUAUAUGAU